AUGGAUUUUGACGCUAUACUCGAAGAUGUGGGGACAUUUGGACGGUACCAAAAAUUGGUUGUCUAUUUCAUUCUACUACCAGCAGUCAUACCGUGCGGUUUUCAUGCAUAUGCUCAACUUUUCAUGGCUUCAGAUGUAAAGCACUGGUGUAAUGUCCCUGCUCUUGAACCACUUAAUAACUUAGACUUGAUUAGGAAUCUCAGUAUACCUCUCGAAUUGAAAAAUGGAGAAUUCGAAUAUUCUCAAUGCAACAUGUAUCAAUUGAACUACAGCAAUGUUUUAGAAAAUUAUCCGAAUAUAGAAACGCCAGUUUUAGCCGAGAUUGUUCCGUGUGUCGAUGGCUGGACUUUUGAAACCAAUAAAACAACAGUGGUUUCAGAGUGGAGUCUAGUGUGCAAUAAAGACUUUUACCCAACUCUUGGUCUAGUGUUACUGGCAGUUGGUGGCAUCAUCGGCAAUUAUAUAUUCGGUUACCUCCAGGAUACUUUUGGAAGAAAGCCGUCUUUCUUCAUUUAUCUUAUAAUCGAAUCCAUUUUCGGAAUAGCCACAGCAUUCGCUCAAAAUUACUACAUUUGGAUCGUAUACAGAUUUGGAGUCGGAUUUACAGUACCAGCUAUAAUGGCCACUCCAUACGUUCUGGCUAUAGAACUAGUAGGACCUAAAUGUAGAACCUUAUGUACCAUUCUCUCGAAUAUUGCUUACUCUUUGGGACUUAUUUUGCUGUCUGGUGUAGUCUACUUAGUUCGUGACUGGCGUCAUCUAGCUUUAGCCACCACUUUGCCGUUUCUAGUGUUUUUCCUUUAUCUAUGGCCAAUGCCUGAAAGCCCUAGAUGGCUGUUAGCUAGAGGUCAAUUCGAAAAGGCUGAAGUUAUUUUAAAGAAAAUGGCCAGGAUAAAUGGAAAAUCUCUACCAGCAAAUUACAUGGUGCAUCUACGACGUAAAUACGAAUCUGACAAGUUGAAACAGGAUUUAGAGAAAGAAAAGUCAAGAAAAUAUGGAAUCCUAGAUUUGUUUAGAACCCCCAACUUGAGGAAAAAAACUAUUAUCAUCACAUUUAUCUGGUUUACUAACACCAGUGUGUAUGUGGGUCUGUCGUAUUACGCACCUGUGCUAGGGGGUGACGAAUAUUUGAAUUUCUUCUUAGCUGGUGUGGUUGAACUACCUACAUAUAUGUUUCUCUGGCCAUCAAUGGAAAGACUCGGAAGAAGGUGGACGCUAUGUAUGAGCAUGGUUGUAGGAGGAAUAGCAUGUUUGACAACAUUUUUAGUUCAACAUGAAACAAACGUGACUCUCGCUCUCUAUUGCGUCGGCAAAAUGGGUAUCUCCUCAGCGUUCGUGGUGCUGCCACUAAUGGCCUCGGAACUGUAUCCUACUGUAGUCAGAGGUCUCGGUAUGAGUUUGAGUUCCGUUUUGGGAAUGUUGGGACCUAUAUUUAUUCCACUCGUUAAUUAUUUGGGAUCCGACAUCAUGGUCCUACCGCUAAUAAUUAUGGGAGCGUUGUUAGUGGCUGGUGGCAUAGCAAGUUUACUUCUACCAGAAACAUUAAAUCAACACCUACCCCAGACUUUAGAAGAUGGCGAAAAGAUGGGCUUAGACACUGAUUUUUGCUGUAGCCCGCCCGUAAAAGAAACCGGGUCGACAUCGAAUAAAGAAGAUAAAAAUAAAAAUUGUAAAAAUUGCAACGCGUUAUGUACAUGUCAAAUGGUAAACGUGUCGCUUGCAGAAGAUAUAGUUACCAUUAUGGAUAAGGAUGAAGAAAAAGUGGAAUUUGUUGUCUUGAACUGA